AUGCAGGUGGACAAUCAAACAAGACAGGAACGACGUUGGCUGCCCCCACCAAACCAACCGUCUGAGAACUUCAUUUUAUCGAUAUUGUCUGCUGCGGGUGACGUUUGUAACCAGGAGUCUGAGGUCCUAAAUGAUCUUGGACAGCCCUCGUUUGCCGCUGAUGUGUGUACUUUCGCCUUGGAUCUUCUCGUUCCUCUUGCUCCUCCUCCCCACCGAGAUGUGCUUAUGCCAACACAUUGCAGACGUCACCAGACCUCUGCACAUCCUACUUCCCGAAUACCCAAGGUUACGUCUCGCCGGCGUCGCGUCAACCGGUCGAAAGGUGGCCUCGAUAGCACUGACGAAAUGACCGAAUGUGAAGAUGCUGGCGGCAGCAGCAGCAGUAGUGGUGGCAGUGGUAGUAGCGGUAGAAACUCGGAUUCUGGUUCUCGCAAUGGCAGCAGUAGUGACGACAAUGAAAGUUGCAGCGAGUCGGUUAGUGAGAAGGACCAGGCAGUGAUCGCUGUCGACGUGUCGCUUGACCUCAGACCGACAGGCUUCAACGGACGCCUGCUUGGGGCCACGUGGAUGUCGUCACCAGUUGUCAGGCAAUUGCUGCGCAUUGUUUUCUCAUGCAUUCUUGGCAAGUGGUCGAGUCAGGCAUGUUUGCAGUCCUUGGUUGCCAGUAGCCUUCCAACAGCCUAUCGAGGAAGGAAAGCUCAGCAACUAGCAAUUCUUCAACAAACCGACCCUUCGGCGUGUCAGCCACAUUGGUGUACCAAUUGGCUUCUUUACCAAGCAGCUACAUGCGCCAUGCCUCGACAAACAAUCGACAAAUUAUGCACCCGCAUCCUUGACGUGUGUUUGCGUGGGCCCCCACUCUCACUGGGUGUUCCAUACAGCCCUGAAUAUCACCGAUUUUGGGUGCUGUCUGGCAUCUCGAAUAUGCUCUUUUUUGGGCCCUCUGUUGAAUCUCACUUAGCCUCAUGGCUUCGAGACAGACUACUGCAUUCAAGUGAGAAUCAUACGCCAAAACCGGUUUUCCUUCACGUAAUUGCCCCGCUUCUGCUUAUUGCCCCACGCAGCAGCAGCAACAACUCUGCAUCUAACAAUGGGGAAGGAACAAGUCAACCCCCGAGUCACCGAAACUCACCAAUGAGCAAACGGCCAGCGGGUUUCCAGGAGUCGCCAAAUUUUGGUCCGGUUCGACCCCCCGUGCCUCCACCACCGCCACCACAUCCAAUGCAGGGACCUCGAUGGAGUUUCGCGUCACACACCCCUCCGGGUCCACGCCCUCCCUUUUGCCCGCCUCAGCCACCACUGGCCCCUCAUCCACCGCCGCCGCCGCCGCAGCCAUCACAAAACAUUAGUGCACCGCCUGCUGCUGCACCCCACAGAACGGCUUUCGAGGUGGCUAGCGGUCUCUUCCCUCACGACAACCUGCCCCCAGAUUCACCGCAGCUGCGCUACCUUCGUUCUCUCUGUCUCUCCCUGCGUUCCGUCACCUUGACCGUCUUGAAGGACUUCUUCUCGAUGCCAGAGGUUCGAUUAAGACCUCUACUCGAAUCCUACCUAAUGCUGAUUCCUGAUCAGGAGGUUGAACUCCUUCGUGAUGUCUUCGUUCGUGGUCUGUUUGAAGCACCAGCCGAAUGCAGCGCCAGAUGGAUUGAACUGCUGCUGGAUCUGGAGUUGUCCACCGACACCUCCGUGUCUGUCGGAGCUCGCAGUCUGCUCAAGUUGCUGUGCCUACGGACGCACGAGUCAAUAGUCUGCAGGACGGAGGUGGAUAGUGAAGCAGCGGGCGUCGGUAACAUUCCCUUCAUAGACUGCCUGGAGGGCCUGUCGAGGGGUCGCUCUUGUCAGGAGCCCCUAUUUCCCGGCGGUGGUGUGCUUAUGCGCAAACUCGUCACGGAGGGUUGCUUGUCAGCUGGCCAGCUCCUUGUUCUUCAUCUGCACCACGCCCACAGGCGUUCCCUGGCGCGAGCUCUUUUCGGCAACCUCAUGUUGUGGAACCUCGCUUCGGAGACGGCGAACUCACCCUCCCCCCCGAAGACGCGUUGCCCCCUCCUCUACUUCUUUCCUCUCCUCGCGGAUUGGGAGUCAAUCGGUGGUGGUGGUGGUGGUGUCAACAGCCUCCGCGACCUCCUGCGUGACUGCGUUGCGGACGUCCUGGACGCGCUGGCCAACCUGCCGCCGAAAUCCCAGGCAAACGCGCUCGUCAAUGUGCUGUGGCUACUUCGACGCGAACAACACCUCCAAGGUGACCCGCAACUCCACUUGCGUCCCGCCAUGGUCUCGCUGCUGCCCCGUUUCAUCGCCCUCCUGCCUUGCCUUCUCGGUGAUGCAGACUUGACGUCGGCCAAGACGUCGCGGCCUGUCGUGGCAGCACACGCCUCCUCCUGCCUCACUGACCUCCUGGGUGCCACGAAACCCUCUAACCUCCUUCUCGCCAAUCCCCCUUCCCCUGGCCCUGAACACAUCUCCAGGGGUGGAGCUGUUCGCGGUCAGCUGAUGCGGCGGCACCCUCUGAAGCAGCAACUUCCAGCUGGCAAUUCAGAGCUAUGCAGUCCGGUGCCCGGUCUUUGGGUGGAACUAACCAAGCGUCUUCUCCACACCGGUGGGGACACGCGUGCAGACGCUCACGUCUUCGGUCUGGCCCUGGAGGACGCUCUGCUGCCUCAUGGAAUGCGACUUCCGCAGACGAGCGUCUGCGCCCCUGGCUCGCACUCCGCUCCCCCCUCCUUCGUCGGUCCGCCCACGGGUCUCGGACUCGAGCGGACAUUGGCGCUCCUUCGGUGCUUCUUGCAGGACUCGACCACCACCACGCCCUCGACCAACGAGAGGAUUCUGUGGGGUCUGCUGGAACUGUUGCUGCUGCCGCCGCCGCCGCCGCCACAAAAGGACAACAACACACGGGGCGAGAAUAAGGCCUCCAAAACUGCCAUCAUUCCCGCGAUGCGUCUGGUGUUGGGAUUGUUGGCGGGUCUGGAGGUGUCGUGGGCGUCGCCACUGGCACCUCGCGUGCCCCUAACCCCCAUUCAAGCCGAUGCCGCCGUUCAAGCAGAGCUAGGCGUCUUCCCCCUGGUCGGCCUCCCCACGGUGGCCCGACAACGUGCGCGAAAAGUGAGUCGCCUCUCUUUCUCAAAUGGCGCGCUCGUUCCUGAUUGGCUACCUUUAGAAGGUGGGCGCCUGGCCGUAGAGUACGGCCACAGACGAGUGGACACACAAAGUCGCCUCUACCAGGUGACCGAGUUUCUCGUCACCCGACUUGCUCACCUCGUGUCGGUGUCCAGAACGGAGGGGGAGGGGGAGGAGUUUGCAGCACCGCUGGAGUGUCUGUUGUGCCGCCAGACGCCGCGUGAAACAGCCAUUUGCCUGUCCGACAUUCGCCGCAACCUCCGCCUCCGGGCCUUUGUGGAUGUGCGCGGCGAGGCGUGCGCCGUCCCCGCACCCGCCGCCGGCGUCGUCUUCUUCACCCCCGGCCUGCUCAUGGCCCUCGCUCAGUCCCACAUCGUGGAGCCCGGCGUGGCCGAGGUCUUUCGACGCCUCCUGCACCAGCUCGCGCCGAUGUCGCCGCAGAAGCGAAUCACCGCGGUCUUCGAAGCCGACGACGACGUCGUCCUUGAGGACGACACCGACCACGACAGAGACGACGGCGGCGGUGGCGACGACGACGACGAGCCGAUGCUAACUGAGGAGGGAUUGCGUCAGGUCAACGUCGACGGCGAAAUCAUGGUGGUCAUCGAGAACUGA